UUUUGGCAAUCUUCACGGAGUAGUAUAUUUUUAAUAAAACGAUUAUAUAUAUAAACGUCACUACUUAAUUUUUAGUCUGUUUGCAUCCUUUGACUUUCAUAGAUCGUGCGAUUCGAUUUGAAUGCGAAGAAAGCGUGCAAUAUAACAAAGAAAUUUGAGGAAAUUGUUUUGGCAUCAAUAUUAAUUGAGUGUUAAAUCAAUCAUGUCUCAAAAAAACUUGGAAACAUCCAAUUUAAUGGGUAAAAGUUCAACAACAUACAAAAUUCUUCAAAAUGAUAAAGUAGGAAGAUAUAUGGUAGCCAAUAAGGAGUUGGAAGCAGGUGAAGAAAUUAUUACAGAAAUGCCUUUUAUAGUCGGACCAAAAGCAGCAACAUAUCCUUUAUGUCUUUCUUGCUACGUAUCAUGGCCUCCAACAUUGAACGAAAAACCUCUUUGCUCGAAAUGCGGUUGGCCUGUUUGUUCAACAGAAUGCGAGAACCAACCUCAACAUAAAGAUUAUGAAUGUCAGAUAUUCGCACAAGUCAACGAGAAAUUUAAUGUACAAGCUGCUUUAGAAGAAACAAAUGAAAAUGGAGUACCACAAUUAGAAUGUAUAACUCCAUUGAGAUUGCUUUUGGAAUCGGAAAAAAAUCCAGAAAGAUGGAAGAAUGAAGUGAAGGACAUGGAAGCUCAUAAUAAAAUAAGAAGCCAAAAGAAACAGUGGAAAUCAGAUCAAGUUAAUGUUGUAGAGUAUAUAAGAAAACAACUUAAAUUAGAGAGGUUCUCAGAAGAACAAAUUCAAACAGCAUGCGGAAUCUUGGAAAUUAAUACUUUCGAAGUUCGAACAGCAAAAGGAUUUAGCGCGAGAGCAAUUUAUCCUAGAGUAGCUUUAAUGAAUCACUCAUGUAUUUCUAACACUUGUCAUAGCAUUUCACCAACCGAUUAUAAAAUACGAUUGCGUACCACGCUCAAAAUUCCUCUGGGUGGAGAACUUUACGGAAGUUAUACACAUUCAUUACUUCCAACGAUGUUGAGAAGAGAACAUCUUCUCGAAGGAAAAAAUUUCGCUUGUGCAUGUGCAAGAUGUUCAGAUCCUACUGAACUUGGAACGCAUAUGUCUUCAUUAAAAUGCAAUAAGUGUGAUAAUGGAAUAGUGUUAUCUUUGGAUUCUUUAGAUCCAGAAAGUUCAUGGAAAUGUACUCAUUGCGAAUUUUCGACCUCAGGAUCAGCCGUUCGAAAAGUAUUACAAAUUAUACAAAUGGAAGUGGAUGCAGUAGAGGCCAUCAGCGGUGCUGAUGGAGCUGAUGCUAUUCAAGAAAGAGAAACAGUUGCGAAAAAGUAUCGUUCAGUUUUACAUCCUCGACAUGCUUUUCUUACAAUGUUGAGACAUUCAUUGACACAAAUGUAUGGUCGUGUGGAAGACUAUCUUUUAGAAGAUUUGCCAGACGUUGUAUUAGAACACAAGAUCGAUAUGUGUAAGCUAUUACUUCAAGUACUCGACGUUAUAGAACCUGGCUAUUCUCGUAUAAGAGGAAUGACAUUGUAUGAGCUUCAUGCACCCUUACUUUUUACUGCUAAAACACAAUGGAAUGCCGAAGUGAUUGAUAAAGCUGCCUUGAAAUCAAAAAUGAUAGAAGCUUCUAAAAUUUUGAAAGAAGCAGCAACGAUUUUAUGUUUUGAACCAUCGGAUACAGCGGAAGGCCAAAUAGGUAUCGUCGCUAAAGAAUCUCUGGCUCAGCUUGAGGAAUCAAUCCAAAAUUUAUAAACUUUAUUUAUUGUAUAUCGAAGCAUCAUAUUUAUUAAUAAAGAUAUAUAACAUUGAA